AUGAACCCUCUCGUGAUGAAGUUCGAGGGCCUGCCGCCUCUGAUACAGUUUCGACCUGAGGGAGACCUGAAGGGUCUUGCAAAUGAGGGAUGCUUAGGUCUGGGGUCUGGAGCAGGCGCUUCCAGAUUUACACUAAUUGCCAUGUGCGGCAUGCGAGCCGAAUACACCUUUGCCACUAUGAAUGAUAUUAAAAAAGGGGGUGCCUUCGUCUCCCUGGUUAAUAUGUCAGGUCAAUGCUCCGUGGCAGUCUUCCGUCCUUGGCUCUCUGGCUUAGAGGAGCAUUGCCUGCGCAUAUUAACUGUGUCUCAAGAGCUAGAGAGAUGUCCGGCAAGUGUUUCACGUCAGGUCAGGCCAGCGGAGUAUCUCGCUGGCGAACAAGAAGGAAAGUUUCCAGAUAAAAUGCCUUGGAUGCAGUUAUCUCCAGAAAUGCUUUGUCGAUUCAUCUUUUUGCAAUUGCUCCUUCUUACUUUAUAUAGAGCUUUAAUGUCGGUAUCUCUGCGGAAUUCCAGUGGAUAUGUAACAUUUUUCCAGCAACACGAAGGAGAACUUAGUGAAACGGGGAGGCACUUAGACAGGGCAAGGCAAAAUGAGCGAGAGUUCAAUUACCCGGAAGCAAGCAACACACAGGAAUCCAACGCGAGGCCCGAACUUCAUGAGAAAACCAACUGGCUUUACAGACAAGUGGAGAGUGACGUUUACCACACGAGACAGUACGUUCUAGGGCAGCUCCGACAUUUGCAGAGACAGAAACCAAGCGAAGCCGACCGGGAAACGCUCAUCGGUGUUAUCGAAGAUGUCAAAAACUAUUUCAGAGUGACCCAGUACGACCUCUGGAGACUUCGCAAUGAUUCUGGUCUCUACGAUUGGCAAAAGAGCGAGGUAGAGAAACUUAGCGACCUGAUACAGCACCGAAUCCACGCGUUGCAAAAUCCCGUUGAUUGUAAAUCUGCCAGGAAAAUCCUCUGCAACAACACACAUAGCAACUUAACUGUAAACUUCCCAAGAGUGACCCAGUACGACCUCUGGAGACUUCGCAAUGAUUCUGGUCUCUACGAUUGGCAAAAGAGCGAGGUAGAGAAACUUAGCGACCUGAUACAGCACCGAAUCCACGCGUUGCAAAAUCCCGUUGAUUGUAAAUCUGCCAGGAAAAUCCUCUGCAACAUACCUGUCAGUCCAAUGGCACGCGGGAUAGGCAGUCAGCUUCACCACCUCAGCUACUGCUUCCUCGCUUCGUACGGGACACAGAGAACGCUCGUGAUUAAUGAAAAGCAAUUGGAAACCAUGAACCUUUCGCUCAACACCUUCUUCCUCCCCGUCAGUGAAACCUGCACCUAUGCAAAUGAGAGCAUUGAGUGGCCAGGCGCAGAGGACACCCCCGUGGUUCAUUUCCCCGACAGUGACACACCCAAACCGCGGCCGAACUAUUUCCCAAGGUCAGUGCCCCGGGACUUUGCCCAGCGCCUCACGAGUGCCCACGGCGACCCCUUCGCCUGGUGGAUGGGGCAGUUCUUCAAGUACGCCUUGAGGAUGACCCAGGGAUUCCAGGACUACGUCGAGAAGCUAGGGGCUCGGCUAGGCUACGAGAGUCCGAUUGUUGGAGUGCAAGUCAGGAGAACGGACAAGCUGCGUUACGACUCGAGAUUCAUAAAACUGGAAGAAUACAUGGAGGUCGUGGACGACUUUUUCGACGACCUGGAGAUUCGAGGGACGAAGGUGACGACUCGCAGGAUCUACUUGGCCACAGACGACCCGAAGGUCCUCCAGGAAGUGAAGGAGAAAUUCCCACACUACGAGCUUGUGUUUAACGAGGAGAGCGUCGCCACAGCCAGCUUGGGACGAAGGAGGAGCGAAGCCAACAUGAGAAACCUCAUGGCUGACGUCUAUUUCCUCUCUCGCUCUGACUUCCUCGUGUGCGGCAUGUCUUCCAAUAUAUGCCGGCUGGCGUACGAGCUCAUGCAGACCCUCCACCCAGACGCCUCUAGGAAGGUCUUCUCUGUGGACUCGCCUUAUUGGUUCCACUUCCAGAGCGACCAUGUGGUGGAGGCGAGGUACCCCCACGCGCCUCGUAGGAACAACGAGAUCAGGCUCAAAGAAGGAGACCGCGUGAAGGAAGUGCUGAAGCACUACAGCAACCACCGGAAUUACCACGACGGCUUCAUCCACGGGGUCAAUCAGAGAACGAAAGAGGCUGGCUUGUACCCGUUAUACAAGACAGUGGAUGUCCUGCAGCUCGCCGAUACGCCGUCCUUCGAUCGAAUUGACGGAGAAAGUAAUUGAAUUUAGGGUAGUGGUAGUGGGAAAGGGACAGGACUAAGAGGAGGGGAGAUGAACAGGAGAGAGAGAGGGACAGAGAGAGAGAUAUACAUAGAUGUAUAGAUAAAUAAAUAAGUAUAGAGAGGGGGGUGGAGAAAGA